CACGCGCGUCAUUUCGUGUGUGUCGCCACCGGCGUGUGUGAGUUUUCGGGAAAAAAUUUUGUUCGCAGGGAGAAGAAAAAAAACGUGGAAUUUUAUUUGAAGGUUUUCUAUCGGAGGUUUAUCAAGUGUUCUUUUGUUGUCUUAUCUACAGGCACGCCGGUAAAUUGAGCCGGUAAAGAGAGCCGGUAAAAAGAGCCGGAUACGAUAGCCGGUCCAGCUGGAUUACAAAACUCACGUCAUAAGACCAAAUCCGCAACAUUGAACAGACGCCAGCAAUGUCACGUGGUUCACCAUGGCCAAUCAGCUAGCUCGUACCAUCGGCUCCAGCAGAUCCUUCAGUUUCUCAUCGUCUACCACAUGCCGCCUACACACACAUACACACACACUCGGUUCAUUGAACUUUGAACCAUGACGUCACUCACCACGUUGAGGAGCUUGUCACCCAUGGUCUAAAAAUACUAUGGAAAUUCCCGUUAUCCAUGAAACAUCUCAUCCACGAUCCACAGUCCCCCUCAGCGCCUCCGUGCUACUGACCUCCUCCUCCUCCUCCUCUUCUAGCAACCACUUCCUGUCUCCCAGAAAACCUCCAGUAGUCACUCAUCGUUCAGCAUCGCUAGGGGUCGCCAGUGGUGAUAUGCAUAAGGAAGAGGUCACUGUGACCCCGAACAAGCCGAAAACUCCCGCCAAACCCGCGACCUUGAAAGGUGAGGACAUCAAACGCAGCCUCCACACGCGUCUCCCCAGCACCGACAGCGGCAUACAGGCAGAUGGUGGGUUCGAUUCCCUCUCGCGCUACCGAGGGCAAUCCUUUCUCUCCGCCACCAGCAGCGCUACCGACUCGACCAUCACGGACGUCACUGACAGCGUGACCAGUGGAUACGCCACUGACCUUCAGUCCACGCGACCUUCAACGACCCUCGUGUCAAAGGUCGUCACCGUACCCUCCAAGUCUUUCUUUAAACAGCCCAAUGGCCGGCCCUCCCCGGCCCCGCGGUCUUCCUUGUCCCACACCGUGUCUUCCGCCCCACCCUACACAGCCACACACCAGCUCUCCAACGGUCACGGGUCAGAAUCCCCCGUGACCCCGCAGACAUUGACCUCACCCCCACCCAACCAAUCCCCGAGUCCGACCAAUCAAAAUUUGACUUUUACCAUCAACAAGCCAUUAGCCAACCAAAAAACGGAUUCCAAUUUUUACUCAAACCAUCAAAACGGAGACGUCAGCUCUACUUCACCUAAUCAAAAUACAAACACUGAUCAAUCUAAAAUGGCGCAUGGCGUGCGAGUCACCUCAAACACAGGGGGAGCUAAAUCAGCCUUCACGAGAACGACAGUGUUAGUCUCCCCUACUAAACACAACACCACUAUCACCACCUCGCCGACAAGGGGCGACAACAUCCGCCUGGUGUCCAUCUCCAGUGGCGCCCCAAGCGCCCCAGACUCCUCUACAGAAAACGGCCAACACCACGUGACAAGUUCGACGUUUAAAGUCCACGUCAUCAACACCCAGCGCGCAGGGCAACAGGAUACGCCCCGUCCAAGCGCCCCGGGGUGCAUCUCUCUGACACGCCCUCUCAGACUAGGCGCCGCCCCCACCACCCAGGUCACAGCCCGACCCUCGCGGUCCACGACCCAGCAGACCCCGGUACCCGCACCGCGGCAGCUGGACACCGUGACGUCACAAAAACCCCAGCAGCAAACCACCACCCCCACCGGAAGUCUGCGCGGAAAACCCGAAGUCGGACCUCGGCCGGCCAUCGCGCCCAAACCCAGCCCGAACUCUAGUCCGUCCAAGGCGUCAAGCAGACCAACUACCAACUCGACCACCGUGACUUACACCAAUAUCGCCAGCGCUUCCGCUGCGGAAUCAACGGUCUCGUCGCCGGAAAAGGACCCGAAGCCUACGGAAAUUCCCAUAACGCACCACAUAUCUACGUCAUCGCUACAACACAUCACGACGUCACUCCUAGGCUCGACGCAAUCCAUUCAAAAAAUCAGAACGGAAAUUCCCGUAAAACAUAUUGAAACCAAACCUCCCGUCGUGACAAAACCCCCUCAAACCACCUCCCGACCCACCUCACUGGGGAACUCUUUCGGACGUUACACCCCCGACAGGGAUCGACCCCAUCUACACCCCAGGCAAUCCCUGUAUGACAGGUUAACCCCGGAGCGAGAAAGAAGACAAUAUCACAUCGGCCAGCCCAUCUACGAGAACAUCGGGUUCACCAUGAAGGACGGGUUCAGCGGGUUCAACCCAAAGGAAGGGUUCAGCUUUGACGACCCCAGCACGCGCAUGAAGCACGCCGAGCUCAUCCUCAAACAGUCGGACGAGUUGCUCAACGACGCGCUCAAGAUGCUCAGUACCUCGCCCCUCCCCUCCCCCAAAAACCAAAACGGGUUCCCCUCCGACCUGAGGCAGUGCCCGGAUGGGGAGAGGAUCGUGGAGGGCUCGGACUCUCAGCUGACCAGCGAACGUGAGCACCGGGUGCCCAUUUAUGACGUCGCCAGCGGGAAGCUUUACGGCGGGUCAAGGACGUCUAUUCAUAGCGAGGUGAAAGUGAGUAGUAACAGUGAUAGUACGGCGAAGGAUGUCAAGUGGAACGCCAGCAAGGAAAGAAUCGAUGCCGCGCUCUCGUGGCUUAAAACAGAACUGGCCAGUCUACGGGACAUGGACAACACCCUAAUCGCCCAGUUCAAACGAUGUCACGAGACCAUCGACACGCUGAAGACACAGAGGGAGGGCUGGGAGGGGCUGUCGGAGGAGGGGGAGGACGGGGAGUACUGGGACGAUUAUGAGAUCAGCGAAUUCAACCGACGUUACCUGGACAGUCCUGGCGGGUCGAGUUCCAGCCAGUUCUCACCUGGAAGCCGUGACCCCUCCCUCCAAGACAUCUCCCUGCCCGUGCCUCAGCUCCAUCUGCCCGGUACCGGUCAGGGCGCCCGGAGGGGCAGCGUGACCCAGGAUAUCGAGGCCACCCUCUGACGUCAGUGAUUUCUUCAUCCCAGACUUUAAAGACAUGUUAGAGCGGCACCAAGGCCUGUGUUAGGGUGUAUGAAG